AUGUUGUUAAAAAAUCUCGCCAUUGCCUCCGCCUUAUUAGGUGCUACUGUCUUAGCCGAUGAUGACACUACCAUCACCACUACCAUCACUGUCACCAAGACUUUAUUGACUCCUGAAGAAUCAAGCAGUUUAGCUUCCGUUGCUGCUGAAUCCUCUGCCUCCGUUGCCUCCGUUGCUGCUGAAUCCUCUGCCUCAGUUGCCUCCGUUGCUGCUGCUGCUUCCGCCGCCGCAGAAUCCGCAAAACAAGCAGCUCAAGAAACUGCCUUACAACGUUUAAGAGGUGUUAUUGCCGUAGGUACUAAUGCUACCAACGAAACUACCACCAGCAGUUCUGCUGCUGCUUCUUCCGCACAGUCUAGUUCAAGGACAACAACUGCUCCAACUUCUAUCCGUGCUGACAAUGCCACUUCCACUUUUGGUGGAUCUCAAACUUCAGGUGCUGAAACUAAUACUGCUACUACUGCUUCUACAGCUAAUGGUGCUGCUAUCAUAAACGGUGCUGGUUUAACUGCUGUUGGUUUAAUCGCCAUGGCUGCUGCUUUAUUAUAG